AUUUUAUUACAAAGACUGAAUUAAUUUCAAAGAGGAAAAUGUGUACAUAUUACAAAUUGAGGAUUAUUGUAUGGACACAACAUGAAAAUAUUUGUAAAUAUAAAAAAUGCUGUGAAGAAAUACAUUUUCUUAUUGGUGAUGGAGACUUAUCUGAAGAACCAGGCAAAGUUGGCUCAAUGUUAUUUUUGCGGAGAAGAAAUGCCUGCCUCCCAGCUGGAAAUGCAUGUGAAGCACUGUGGUUGCGUUUUGGAGCCUUGUCCGGACAAGUGCGGGCUUUACGUCCAACGUCAAUACAAGAACCAUCACGCCAACUGGUGCAAGAAAGAUGGAGGAAAACAACCCCAACAGCUGGUGAAAAGUGAGCUGGAGUCGCUCAAAGAUAAACUUGAUCAAGAAAUAAAAGAGAGGAAACUUCAAACAGAGGAAUACAUGAAACAGUUGCAAGUAUAUCAACAAAAGAUGGAAAAAACUGAAGAUUUAAAUAUGAAACUUAUAGAUGCUGUUACAGGUAUCAGAAAUCUGGUCUCAGAAGAGCAGUGUGCGAGGCUUAAGGAUAUUUUAGAAGUAAAAACAAAUGUUAGUGAAGUCGCCAAAGUAGUAACUCAGUUAAAAUUCACUCUUAACCAGGCAAGAGUGGACGUAGAGGAACUAAGAAAUGAAGUCCUGACAAACGAACAAUACGAGAAAAUGUACGAUCAGUUCCAAGAAUGGAAGAAGAAACAAGACGAGAUUGUUUGUGGCAUCAAGUCAACUAUUAGUAGAGACGUGCAGACUGAAAUCAACAGACUGCACAAGGAUAACAUUAUAAGGAGUAAAUCUGUCAACGACUUAUUGGACUUGAAUGAAGUCAUUAUCGACAACCAAGACACAUACACAGAACAAAUAUAUCAUUUAGAAAUGGAAGUGAAUGGUUUCAAAAAGUUUUUAGCUGAAGAGAACGUGAUGAUCAGUGGUCUUUGGAGGGACCAACUGGAAGAAAUUAAGAGGAUUGGAGAAAAAUUUGAAGAGAACGAUAAAGCUAUAAAAGAUCUAUUCGAAGAACAAAAGCAAAUUAAAGAGAAAGUUGAACAGUUUGAAAGUUUUACAAAGGAUUUAAACAACAUCAAUUUUGGAAAUGAGAAAGUUAAGAUUUUAGAGCGAACUGUUAGUCAAGAUUUAAUUCAGGAACUGAUAGAUGACAGAAAGGUUUUUAGAGAAAGACUCGAAAGUUUGGAAAUGUUGAAUAGGCCGGGUGAAAGAACGUUCAGCACGGACACUUCAAUGUCUGAAUUUGACAGUACGAUUGCUAAACAACAAAAUGAAAUUGCCCAGAGGUUGGAAACCUUAGAGAAGCUCACUACAGAAAUACAAAAUAACUGCAGCAAAAGAAAUUCUUCUUCUACAAACAACGAACAAAACGACCUCCCCAUAGUGAUAAAUGAGCUUUCAAGCGAACAAGCUGUCAUAAAACGUAGGUUGGAAAUGUUAGAAGUUGUAACGAAUGAGUUGGAAGAGGUGAAAAGUAGACUGUCUCAAAACAGACGGAUUAGAAAUGAUUCACCAGUCUCUAUUAACGGAAGACUUAUGUGGACAAUUUCUAACUUCAACGCAAAGUUGGAGGAAUCAAAGGAGAGCAAGUCACAGAUUGAAAGUCCAUGUUUCUACACGAGUGAUUGUGGUUAUAAGCUGCAGUUGAGAGCGUACCUGAACGGUGUUGGUCAGUGGGAAGGGAGACACAUGAUUGUGUCACUACACGUCCUAUCAUCCCAAUGGGACAACAGACUCGCCUGGCCUUGCAGAAUGAAGGUGAUACUCUGUCUACGGGACCAGGAGCAAAUAAACAGGAAGGCUAAGGACAUAAUGAAGAGUUUUACGAGCAGUCCAGCGCAGAAAGGUUUUGAGAACCCUUGCCUGCAGAUGUUCAUCCCCCAUAGAACUCUCUAUACCCGGAGCUACCUCAAGAAUGACGUUGUCAUCAUAGAUGUCAAGGCAUUACCUAUCUAGU